AUGCCCGCAACGGUAAAUUGUCAAAAAUUACAAUUUGCACAAAAUGAAAAUGCGAUCGAGUGCACAGAUCGCGUUGUAACAGCAGAGUCAGAUAUUCCCAAAGAGUUGCGAUUAGUGCCGAAAGAAAAAUCAUCAAAGUGUUGCGGAGAACGUCUUCCGACAAUUAGGAAAUGCGAGGAAGGGAAAAUUCAGGAUUCACCGGGAGACGCUGCAGGAACCGUAAAAUUUGUGGAAUGUCCUAACGCGAACGAUUUCAAAGCAACUCGGGAAGAACGUUCAUCGGACAAUGGAAACAAUGAAAAAGUCAUCGGAGUUCUCCGUCAGGAAAACGACGAUUGUACUCCACCUCUUGGGCCGUUUCCUAUAACUCCGUUAAACGAACUUACGCCCCCGGAAUAUUGGGCGCCUCUCGCUGAUGUUUCUCGUUCGAGACCCGCGGUCGAUCGUUUUACCGUAACGCGGUACAGUCCCGCCGAAUGGCGUCUUCAUGAUAAGGAGAUUUACAACGCGGCGCACGAGAGUAUCCAUAGAGAAAAGCUCGUUGCUUUCAACGCUCGUGCUUGCAUGGCACGGGUAUUCGCUCAAACCGACAAGGAUCAACAGGACAACAACAUUAGAUUGAAUUCAAGAUUGAAUUUGGUCACGCGUUGGAGGUGCGAAUUGCAACGUGGCAUCGACGAAUUUAUGAUCGAAGCCAACUUGUUGCAACGCGAAUAUAAAAGAUUAGGGCGUUGUAUCCACGCCGUGCGUCUAAUAGAAUCUAUCGACAAGGACAUGAAGAGUGUUAGAUGUUUGAGAAUGGAGUACGAACUCGUUCGUGACGAGGUCGAGGAAGAAUUGAGCAACGAAUUGGAUCUUUGUGCGGAUACGAUAAACGUGUACUCCCGAUUCUUCGAUCACAUUAAAAUGCUCAUUCGAGAAUUGAAAGACGCGAAACAAAGAUUGGAAAAUGAUAUGACGGACAAAAAGGAUGCUUAUGAAAUCGAUACCGAAGCAAGAUCAUUGGACACGAAAUCGUCAACGCUCGGAUGGAAACCUGGCAGUGUCAAACUGCUCGACGAUCAAUCAACGCCGGCAAGUUACGAACAUUAUUCGAAAGAAGCCAUACAGAUGGGUCAAACUACUUUGCAAAGGGCACGAAUUUUUCGUUUGAAUAUGCGUGACGUUUAUGGCGUGGAUGAUCUUCGAGCCCAGGCGAACCGCGUCGACAGCGCUCUUUCUCGAAAAAUCGACGAAACUGUGCAAGCGAUUAGACGUUUGGAGAACGAGCUGAUACUGUGCUUGAAAGCGUUGUCCGAUGCGGAAGUUGUCGUGAACGAGACGCAAAAUUCGACGAAAAAAUUGGAUGGUGCAAUGAAAUGCGCUCAGACUCGUCUCGAGCUGAGAAGUCAUCGAAGCAAAGUGGAAAAUUGUCGCGAUAUUCCUCAAUUCGGAUUAAUCGACCAAGUAAAAUCCUUGUCGGAGGGUGUGAGUGCCAUGCUUGCGCAAACGAACAUGGCAAAUAGCACGAUCGAAGAGUUGACAGAAGCGCGACGAUCGCUGGAGCGAAAUAUCGUUAUAAAAAAAAAAUCUUUGUGGGUCGAUCGAGAUCGAUGUCGUUUCAUCCGCUCUUUCUAUCCGACUGCACAAACUUUGGCUGGUUAUUAAAUAUUUUUUAUUCUGAGCCUACUUUACCUUUAGUUUUUUCUGGAAAACGGAAAUUGAUUUUUGAGGAUUUUUAAAGCAAGGAUCAGGGGUAAAAACCGUUCAUCACAUAUUCUUUUAUAAUUUCGGGGGUUUUUUUUUUAAAUGCAGAAACAAUAGAAAACUGAUCUAUUGCUUCCGAAUGAAUAUCGUAGCCAAACGUUUCAAUUAAAAGGUGCAAAUUUAAUGAAAAAAAAAAAAAAAAAAAUACAAUCUCCGAAGAUUAAUACACUGAAAUAUAUAUAUCUAUAUACAAAAACAAUUAUCAAUUUUUUUUAUCAUUUUGUUUCUCCGACGAUGAUGAAUGAAAAGAAUGAACGGAAAUGUAGUAAACCGAUGCAGCUGGGGACUAAAAUUUCAGCACGAGUUUUACUUUAAUAUUAUAUAUAUAUAUAUAUAUAUAUCCUAUAUAUACAC